AAACUACCUUUUUUGGCUUUUGAACAGGAGUACAGUGUUAAACAGUGUGAUGUUCAGGCACAGCUAACUCGUAGGACUACUAAGCUUAAUCUCGGAGAGGAUAUUGUGAAAGUUGUAAUCGAUUGGAGCAAGCUUCAGAGCACAUCAGCACUUCAGCCAGCCUUGCUCUUUAGUGCACUUCAGCAGCAUAUUUUAUGUUUACAGCCUCUCUUAGAAAAACUCCAGUCAUUGAUCAAAGAGGAAAAUAUAGGCCAUGUUGAACCUACAGGUAAAACAGAAAGCCGAACGUGUUUAGAUGUUUAUGAUGGUAACAGUCAGACUGAAGAAAAAUAUGGAAGUUAUGACUUGAGAGAUCUGAAGGAUGCUCAUUUUAAUUUUGAUCCAGAAGUGGUCCAAAUAAAAGCUGGAAAAGCAGAAAUUGACAGGAGGAUAUCAGCCUUCAUCGAGAGGAAACAAGCCGAGAUCAAUGAGAAUAAUGUCAGAGAAUUUUGCAAUGUUAUUGAUUGUAAUCAAGAAAAUAGCUGUGCCAGAACAGAUGCAAUUUUCACACCCUAUCCUGGAUUUAAAAGUCAUAUAAAGGUUUCUAGGGUAGUAAAUACGUAUGGACCUCAGACUAGAUCUGAAGGAACGCAUGGGUCCAGUCACAAAGCCAGUGUACCCAUGCAUGAUUGUGGAAACCAAGCUGUCGAGGAGAGAUUGCAAAACAUUGAGGCACACUUACGGUUACAAACAGGUGGUCCAGUUCCAAGAGACAUUUAUCAGAGAAUUAAGAAGCUUGAAGAUAAAAUCCUUGAGCUGGAAGGACUGUCUCCUGAAUAUUUUCAAUCUGUAAGCUGUUCUGGCAAGAGGCGAAAGGUUCAAUCUCCCCAUCAGAGCUAUUCACUGGCUGAACUUGAUGAAAAGAUCAAUGCUAUAAAACAGGCAUUACUGAGGAAAACAAAAGAAAGCAAGUCCAAGGAGGCUGAGCAGCUUCUUCGAUAAAAGUGUUUUCAGAAUCCUCAUCAUGAUUUACACAUACCUGAACCAUAGAUCUGAGUAGUAUUCAUCAGACAUGACUAGCAAUGAAGACAAAGCAUUGCACAUAAGCUCCUUUUGGAUGAUCUUGAAAGCUUUCAGACUAACUUGUUUAAAAGCAGCUUUAUUAGUGAAAUAGUUACUUUAAAAUGAAGAAUGUUUCAGGAAGAAUAAUAAUAAUAAUCUGUUCCCUUCUGUUAUAAAGGAGGACUGCAGCAUUGUUAGUAUUUGAAAAGUCUUAACACAAAAGCUACAUGUCACAUGCAAUUCUUGGUGAUUAAGUAUUCAAAAGGACUAUCUUUUGGAUACUGUUCAUGAAAGUAGUUUGCAUAGACCUGUGAAAUUAAAUUAAAUACUUCCUCAGAAAUAAACUGACUUGGGGAAAAAAAUUACCAAAACCUUGCAGAAGGCAUGCUUUCCUGUGGGUUUUUUUCUGUAUUUAGCACUGUUUUUACAGCUGUUAGAAAUGCAGCAAAUUGCAUUUUUGUGUGACAGGUAUUUAUGGAAAUUCUAUAUGUGUAAAUAAAAACAACUGUUCUUCACUUUCAGCGUCUUGUGGAAAUUCAGAUUUCAUAACCUUUUCACAGUGUAUUCUAAAAACCAUCCCAGAGGAGAAUUUGAGGAGCAUGCCAACAAGGCACCAACUUCCAUUCCAUAUGCAUGCUUACAUGACUUUUGAAGCAUGAAUGUUAGCUUAAAGUCAGACCUUUGGCCAGACAGUGGAGAUUGUGUUGUGACUUUUUGUUUGGUUUUGUUUGUUUUUUAAUAAACUGUUUUCUAUUUA